AUGGAUUCAAAAAAUUCAAAAAGUUCUUGUGCACCAACAACAAAAACAAACGAAAAAAUCUCCACUAAUCCAGCGUACUUAGUAGUGCACGCAACCGGAAAAAAACCCUUGGCUAAAGCUUCUUCUUUCUUGAUUCAAAAAUUGUUUGAAUCAACCAUUGGACAGUUUAAAAAAAUACAAAAAUUAAGAUCUGGAGAUUUACUGGUGGAAACAGCUUCCCCACAACAAUCGGCAAAACUUAUGGAAACAAAGACCCUAGGAGAAAUGGAAGUCACUGUCACCCCACAUGCGAGCCUAAACUCAUCACAUGGAGUAAUAUCUGAAGAUGAAUCAGAUAUUCAGAUUGGCCUUUCAGAUCAAGGCGUCACUGCUGUCCAACGUAUCUCCAUUUGUUGGGAUAGCAAGUUAAUACCAAACAAACAUUUAAUUCUCACUUUUAACAAGCCGACAUUGCCAUCUUUUAUUACAGCAGGUUAUCUGCGCUGCCCAGUUCGUCCUUAUGUUCCAAAUCCGCUGCGUUGCUUUAAAUGCCAGCGAUUUGGACAUUCACAAACAUCGUGUCGAGGGAAAAGCAUAUGCGCACAGUGUGGAACUGAAGGUCACGACAGUACUGAGUGUACCACUACUCCAUGCUGUGUGAAUUGCAAAGAUGCCCAUCCCGCCUACUCUCAAAAAUGCCUAGCAUGGCAGAGAGAGAAAGAGAUCUAG